CCGGCCUGCGAGGGUGGGGCCUGUGGCACUCAGUCCGGGUACUCAGCGCUCCCUUCCCAGCUCCGCGAGCUGAAGAGUCUGAAAGGAAAGUGGCUAGGCCUACGGGAGGUCGCCCCAAUGUCCUCCGUGCUGUCCUACGAGAGCCUGGUCCACGCUGUGGCCGGCGCCGUGGGAAGCAUGACUGCCAUGACAGUGUUUUUCCCUUUGGAUACAGCUAGACUUCGACUUCAGGUUGAUGAGAAAAGAAAGUCCAAAACUACACACAUGGUGCUCCUGGAGAUCAUUAAGGAAGAAGGCCUUCUGGCACCAUAUCGAGGGUGGUUUCCAGUUAUUUCCAGUCUCUGCUGCUCCAAUUUUGUCUAUUUCUACACCUUUAAUAGCCUCAAAGCAGUCUGGGCCAAAGGCCAACGUUCUACUACUGGAAAAGAUCUGGUAGUUGGAUUCAUUGCAGGAGUGGUGAAUGUGUUGCUCACAACUCCACUCUGGGUGGUGAACACCAGACUGAAGCUGCAAGGGGCAAAGUUUCGAAAUGAAGACAUUGUACCAACUAACUACAAAGGCAUCAUUGAUGCUUUUCACCAAAUCAUUCGAGAUGAAGGAGUCUUGGCAUUAUGGAAUGGUACAUUUCCCUCUUUGCUGUUGGUCUUCAAUCCUGCCAUCCAAUUCAUGUUCUAUGAAGGUUUAAAACGACAGCUUUUAAAGAAAAAGAUGAAGCUUUCUUCUUUGGAUGUGUUCAUUAUUGGUGCAAUAGCCAAAGCAAUCGCCACCACAGUCACCUAUCCCAUGCAGACGGUACAGUCGAUCCUGAGGUUUGGACGUCACAGACUAAAUCCCGAGAACAGAACAUUGGGGAGUCUUCGGAAUGUUCUCUAUCUUCUUCACCAGAGAGUCAAGCGUUUUGGGAUAAUUGGACUCUACAAAGGCCUUGAAGCCAAACUGCUGCAGACAGUCCUCACAGCUGCUCUCAUGUUCCUUGUUUAUGAGAAACUGACAGCUGCUACCUUCACUGUAAUGGGGCUGAAGCGCACACACAAGCACUGAGAUGCUAUCCACAGGAAAGUGUGGAGAUGCUGUAACUGGGUGUGUCUGUCCAGUGAAGAGAAGCAAGUCUCCACGUCAGCUCCUCCCACUGCAGAUGGUACUCAUGUUGAAAGGGUAAACAGGGACUCUAGCUGGACUUUUUCCAAUUUCAUUUUUAUGAUGGCUGGAUUUGGGGAUGGAGAUUGAUGUGAAAAUAUUGAAAACCUAAAAGCGAAAGUUUGUGGAGUUUACUUGUUAUUUGGGGGGGACACAAUUCUCCUGUGUAAUCUUUCCUAUCUGAAGUUUUGCUUACAUUUUCUAGCUGUUUUUAUUCCAUUAAUUGCCUCCUGGGUUCCAGAAAAAUAUAAUAACAUGUCAUUUUUUCAGAUAAUUUAAAAUGUCUUUAAUCCUGGUAUUUUCCUUAAUAUAAAAAUAAUACUACCAUUGUGCCACAGAUGUGACUUUAUUUUUGUUGGUUUUUUUUUUUUCCUCCUGCUUACUAAGAGUUAAGUGAACUGUUUAUUUUGUGGAAGAAAUGAAAAUGACUAAUCCUAAAUGAUUCUCCUACAAACUAUUUGUAAAUGUCACUUAUUCAUUAGUGUUCAGCAUAAGUUUCAAAAAUAUUUAUUUUGACACGAGCUCCAAUCAGAAGUCCC